UUAAUAUGCAUACGCGCGUAGAUAACCGUGGUUGGUACUCGCUUGUGAAAGAAAAAAAAAUAUCAAAACAGACAAAAAACACGACGAAUACAAUUGUGUUCCUAUUUUUUUCAAUAGCGGUGACAUUCGUCGUCGAGUGAGUGACGACAACGAACUGCGAAGUACAAUUAAUUUGCUGCUUAAACCCUAGCGCGAGCAGUCGACUAGUGCGCCCGUGACUGGCAACCGCUACAUGGAUAUAUUAUUUCGAGCUCACUCAACGUCUGUUACCCAAGUCUCUUUUUUGCGUGUUUCACAUACGCCAUCGCCAUCGCUGCACCAUCACAGAUUGGGCACCUAACGUUCGGACGCCGUCGUUUCGUAUUCUUCGUUUAGAUCAACGUCCAUAGUUUGUUACAAUGUCCAAAAUACAUAACUUAAUCUGCUAUAAGAAAAAUAAUUCACACAAAUCGAUGUCAGAUGCUGAGGAAACAUAUGUUGGUGCUAUUGAUGAAGGAACUAGCAGUACACGUUUCUUGGUUUUUUCAUCAAAAACUCACCACCCAGUAGCCAGUCAUCAAAUAAGUACUACUAACAUAAGCUUGCAUGAAGGAUGGGUGGAACAAGAUCCAGAGGAUAUACUAAUGAAAGUCAAAGAAACUAUAGCUGUAACAUGCGAAAAACUCAAAAUGAUGAACAUAUCACCUUCAGCUAUUGCUGCGAUAGGCGUGACAAAUCAACGAGAAACUACUUUAGUGUGGGACAAGUAUACAGGGAAACCAUUAUACAAUGCUAUAAUAUGGAUGGAUUUGAGGACACAAUCAAUAGUUGAUAGAUUCAUCAACAAACGAAUUCCUAACUGUCAUACAUUGGACGAAAAGAAAAGGCAUUUACAAUUCAAAAGCGGUUUAACGAUGAAUCCAUACUUCAGUGUUUUCAAAUUGGUUUGGUUAAUGGAAAACGUACCUGAAGUUUCAAAAGCCAUUCAAGAAGAGAGGUGUAUGUUUGGCACAAUGGAUUCAUGGCUAAUUUGGAAUCUAACAGGCGGUAUAAAUGGUGGAGUUCAUAUAACUGAUGUCACUAAUGCUUCUCGGACCAUGCUGAUGAAUAUUCACUCAUUAAGAUGGGAUAAGGCAUUGAUUGAUUUUUUUGAGAUACCCAGCAAAUUAUUAUACCCAGAAAUACGGAGCUGUUCGGAGGUUUAUGGCCGUAUGACUGACGGACCACUAUCAGAAACACCAAUAUCUGGAUGCAUAGGUGAUCAGCAAGCAGCACUUAUGGGUCAGAUGUGCUUCUUGGCGGGUCAAGCCAAGUGUACAUUCGGUACUGGGUGUUUUUUGUUGUACAACACUGGUCGUAAGCCAGUGAUUUCUACUCACGGCCUUUUAACUACUGUGGCUUACAAAAUGGGCAAACACACCGAUCCUAUUUAUGCGCUUGAAGGAUCAGUGGCUGUAGCUGGAUCUGCUACUAAGUGGUUGAAAGAUAAUUUGUGUAUCGUGGAUAGUUACAAGAGCAUGGAGGUAAUGGCCGAUAGUGUUGAAGACACAAAUGGAAUUCAUUUCGUCCCUGCUUUUUCCGGACUUUAUGCACCAUACUGGAAAAGUGACGCACGAGGUACUAUCACAGGGUUGACUAUGGAGACAACAGAUGCACAUUUAAUGCGAGCAACUCUUGAAGGAAUCUGUUUCCAGACAAAAGAUGUUAUACAGUCUAUGCAGUCAGACACUGGCCAUCCUAUUACGGCAUUGAAUGUAGAUGGUGGCAUGUCUACUAGUGAUACAUUUUUGAGAAUUCUCACAAAUGUUUGUUGUCUUCCUGUCGUGCGCCCUAUAAUGGUGGAAACUACGGCUCUAGGCGCUGCUCUAGCAGCUGGUUUUGCUAUUGGUGUAUGGAGUAUGCACAGUGUUAAAUCUAACUGUGACACAUUUAUUCAGACUUUAUCAGAGGAAGAACAAAAAUCAGAGUAUGUUUUGUGGAAAAAAGCGAUAGACCGGAGUAUAGGUUGGAACAAAGAUGAUGAAGAAAAUGAAUACGAUGACUUUGUUGGGUUUUAGCCAUUUAGAAUAAAUCAAAAGCUGAGUUAUAAAAUUUGUUUGUGAAUUUUUAAUACUAUUGUGUUCAAAUUAAAAGUUAAUUGUAUAGUGCUUUAGCACAUUUAUGUUUUCUAAUAAAAUGUUUAAAAACGUACA